AGUACUUCCGUGGUUCCGAAUUGCAAAGUAAGAAAAACAACACGCCUAUCACAAGCGCUGUACUAAGUAUUACUGCCUAGAUUACUUUACCAAGGUCCUCGAAGACAACCUCAAGGCCGUUGUCAAGCCCCAGUAUGUCGACCAGAUCCCCAAGGCCGUCAGGGGCCCCAACAAGACCGUCGGUCACCUCAUCGAGAGUCGAUCGUCAUCCGCAAUGGACAACCUAGAGGAAAUCGUUGAUGUGCUUGAACUGAAACACGUCUACGAGCGAGACAUCAACCUGUUGUCUGGUGGUGAGCUUCAGCGUUUCGCCAUUGGUACUGUCUGUGUCCAGAUGGCCGAUGUGUACAUGUUCGACGAGCCCUCAUCUUUCCUCGACGUCAAGCAGCGUCUUGCUGCUGCUCGCAUGAUCCGUAGUCUACUUCGCCCUGACGACUACGUCAUCACCGUCGAGCACGAUUUGGCCGUUUUGGAUUAUCUCUCCGAUUUCAUCUGCGUUCUCUAUGGAAAGCCCGCCGUGUACGGUGUUGUCACGCUCCCUGCAUCCGUACGAGAAGGUAUCAACAUCUUCCUCGAUGGAAACAUUCCUACCGAGAAUUUGCGUUUCCGAGAGGAGUCCCUUCAAUUCCGUAUCGGAGAGGCCGGCGAAGACUACAUGGCCGACAAAUCCCGUCAAUACGGCUAUCCCAAGAUGAGCAAGACCAUGGGCGACUUCCACCUUAGCAUUGAAACGGGAUCGUUCACCGACUCUGAGAUCAUUGUCAUGAUGGGCGAGAACGGAACUGGCAAGACUACUUUCUGUAAGAUGCUGGCCGGUGCACUCACGCCCGACAGCGGAAAGAAGGUGCCUAGCAUGAACAUCAGCAUGAAGCCCCAGAAGAUCACGCCCAAGUUCCAGGGUACCGUUCGCCAACUCUUCUUCAAGAAAAUCAAGGCUGCUUUCUUGAGCCCACAAUUCCAGACUGACGUCUACAAGCCAUUGAAGAUGGACGACUUCAUUGACCAGGAAGUUCAAAACCUGUCUGGUGGUGAAUUGCAACGUGUUGCCAUUGUUCUUGCUCUCGGUAUCCCUGCCGACAUCUAUCUUAUCGACGAGCCCAGUGCUUACCUUGACUCUGAGCAGCGUAUUGUCGCUGCUCGUGUCAUCAAGCGUUUCAUUAUGCACGCAAAGAAGACUGCCUUCGUUGUCGAGCACGAUUUCGUCAUGGCCACCUAUCUCGCCGACCGUGUUAUUGUCUUCGAUGGUCAACCCGCCGUCGACGCCCGCGCCAACGCCCCCGAGUCUCUUCUCACCGGAUGCAACAAGUUCUUGAAGAACCUCGAUGUUACCUUCCGUCGUGACCCCAACUCCUACCGCCCACGUAUCAACAAGAUGGGCUCCCAGCUUGACCAAGAACAGAAGCUGAGUGGUAACUACUUCUUCUUGGAGGAUGAUAGUUGAAAAGGCUUUUGAUGAGACUGAUAAGCCGCCAUCCCCGCUUCGCCCAAACGG